UUAUUAUGAGAGUCCAUGAUGUGUGAUUGCUUGUACCGCCUUUGUGUGUCGCGGGGUCUGUGUGCUGAGUGCGCCGGACACAGUCGGCAAGAAGGAGAAGGAGAAGAAGAAGAAGACGAAGAAGAAGAAGAAGAAGAAGAAGAAGAAGAAGAAGAAGAAGAAGAAGAAGAAGAAGAAGAAGAAGAAGAAGAAGAAGAAGAAGAAGGGCCUCAGUCAAAGUGAACCCUCCACUUCCUCACUGUUGUAAUGGCAUUUUGCAAAAGAGCACACGUGUUUUGCAAGGUUUCCUGUGACUUGUACAAGCUGAAGGCGUCAGUGACGGAAUCCUGCAGACUGGCAGAGGAGCAGAAUUCCUGCAGCUUGGAGUGUGAUUCCGUGUGUUGCUCAAGGGCACUGCUCCUCCUGCAGGUUUGGAACCCAGGUCUUCUCAUUACAGGACGGUGUCUUUAACCUUUAACAAGGCAGCUGGAGGGGGGGGGGGAGAAAGAGGCUGAGACGCUGUAAAGGAUAAAAGAAUGAUUAAAGAUCUCAAUCUGCAUCCUCCCAGCGAGAUUCAGAUCAGCUUCUUUCUUUUUCCGCGAAUAAACAACGUGGUUUCAGACGCUUGGACGCAUCUCUAUGGAAACAGUCCUCAAUUACCGAUGAUUGGCCAACCCGUGGGAAUGUUUCUAUUCCCUGAGUGCAGUGAUUGGUCGGUGGGCGGUCUGUGCUGCCUGACAGUCUGCAGCGUUCCGGGUUAUUGUCAGUCUCGGCAGCUCGGCACAAGGGCAGGACCGCAUCCCGGAGCUGGUCGCAGCAGCCAGCUCGUUAUCCACACUUAACCAUUUCUUAUUUGGUUACUACACCAAAGAGAGCAUCCCGGAGCUCCGCCGCCAGGGUCAGUCCACAGCCUCAGCGGGGAAUCUGAGUGUGAAUCGUGGGGAGAGAGCUCAGAGAGGCUGCCGACACCGCGGAGAAAGUGACGGACGGAGCAGAGCCUGAUCGCCGGGAUUUUUUUUUACAUCGCAUCGCAGCAGUUUCGGAUAUUUCAGGCAGCUGCUUUGGCCCAGCCUUGAUUUCUUUCAGGGUACCUAUUGCCUAUAUAACAACACAUUACUAACAUUUGCAUGAGACAGUUCCCAUAAGGUCGUGUAUGGUGAGCGGGUGGACCACUUUAAACCCAUGCGUAACGCCGGAGCAUUUUGGAAUACUGCGUAGCAGUGCGACCCUCCAGUGUUUCUACUGACACCUCUGUUAUUUGGAAAUAAAAGAGGAGGAACCAGGACCUUUCAUUCUGUUCCGGAGGAUAAACCGAGAAGCCCAGAAGCGCACUUAUUGGUGCGCAAUCCUUCCGAGGACGCUCCUGAAAUUGUCGACCUGCGCUUUUGCACUCGGCAAAAAUUGGCAGCCGAGUCGAGAGAGAGAGAGAAAAAGCGAAGCUUAUUAACUUUGCAUGCCAGAAGCUAGAGUGUGGAAUCUAAUUCGCAGGGUUACCGGCAUAUUUGCAUCCCAUCGGAGGAGGAUAAACUUAAUCAGCGUCUGACAUCGACGAAGCGCCUGCUGGAUUUUGGAGAACAGAAUGAAUCCUUUUUAAUUUGGACCGGAGAGGUGUCAGGCAGAUUGCUCAGUGAACACUACAAUCUGCAUGGAGUUCUAGUCUGCACCACGGAGCAAUUUAUGGUUGGCCGCAGAACUCCCCCGGCUGUAGUACUGUGCCCACCUCGCCAUGCUGGCUUGUCUGCAGAGGAGGCAAAACCCUCCACCCCAGCACCCGGUGUGUGCCAGCAAGACCCUGGAGCCACCGCAAGCCCUCGGACGGAAAUGUGAGCUUUUGGUACCCGCGCAUUCCCCCCGCUACCCCACUGCGGCAGAACUUGAUGCCUUCGCUCAGAGGACGGCCAACAACCCUCUGGCCAUCAAGAUCUUCCCCACCAACAUCAGGGUUCCCCAGCACAAGCACCUUAACCGGACUGUGAAUGGAUAUGACACCACAGGGCAACGCUACACCCCCUACCCAAAUAUCCACACAGGGGGCUACAAUGGCCUGCUCGCCAUCGACAGGGCCUCCUCCCCAUCCUCAUCAACUUCCACCUUUGUCCCUUCAAAAGGCGUUCUCAAGAACUCUGAAGGCAGACGGACUAAACUCUCUCCAGCCCACAUAGCUAUUGCUCCAUACCCACCCCCUAAUAAUAGCACUUUAGCCAGUGGCCACGGCCAAAUGGUAUACCACACUGGGCCCUCGAAGCCUCCAGAAGGACCUGGACUGUCGGUACCCCCAAAUGUCACUGUAGCUGGCUCAGUGAUUCCAGUAACAGGGGGCCGAGGCCUGGCCCUGCCCACACAGUCCAACCUCCCCUCCAUCCAGAGCAUCAUUUACCAGAUCAACCAGCAUUGCCAGGCCCAGGCUCUGCAGCAGGUGUGUCAAGGGGCUGGCGCUGGAUCAUCAAACUCCAGCCCCUCCAAGCAGGGAACAAACAUCAUGGGGGUCUCUUCUAGCUCCUCAAGUGGAGGCUAUGUGGUCGGAAUGGGUCCCCAGGCUAACAUGGUGUACACAGGGACAGGACUGCCGGGUCAAAAUGCUGAGGCAAUGAAGACUGGUGUGUACGCAGAAGGUAUGGACUACAUCCUUUGGCAGAAACAGCAACAACAACAUCAUCAACAACAACAGCAGCAGCAUCAGCAGCAACAACAGGCUGUGCUCCGCAUGUACAGCGGAGGAAGUGGAGGAGGGGGCGCCAUCAGCAAGUCGCCCGAAACUUGUGUUCCAGGGGGAGGGAUUAUGGCCGGCCAAGUGUCCUCCUCUUCCUCCAGACCUUAUCACAUGACAGCCAGUGCCAGCGGAGGAGGCGGCCUGGACAAAGUCAACUCUUCCCCUUUGAACUGCGUGGGUAUGCAUGGAAAUUUCUCAGUGGGUCAAUACUUUGCCCCGCCAUGGAACAGUGUGCUGGUGACACCUGACAGUGACUGCUACAACCCCCAGGAGCUUUUGGGCACCUCUACAGGAGGACCUGCCACAGGGCACAGAGAGAUGGGCUACCCCCACCACCAUCACCACUACCACCACCAUCACAACCACCCGGCUGUGGACAGCGGGGGAGGCAUGUGCUGCAGCCUGCCCAGUAAGAGCAUGUGCAACUCAUCUGUGCUAAGCAGCAGCUUGCAGUCUCUGGAGUACCUGAUCAACGAUAUCCACCCACCCUGCAUCAAGGAGCAGAUGCUCGGCAAAGGCUACGAGACUGUGUCUGUGCCGCGUCUGUUGGACCACCAGCAUGCACACAUCCGCCUCCCUGUUUACAGAUAGAGGAGGAAGAAGGAGACGAGAGGAGACGAAUCAAGAGUUGUGAAUUUGUGAAGAAAUCAAAGUAAACAAAAAAAACAAGAUGUUUUUUUGGGGGGGUACGGAGUUAUUACGAGUGACUCGGCUUUAACUAGCGUGGGAGCUUAGACCAGAGCAGUUGUGCUGUGUGACCCUAUGGUUUGGUGGUUUCAAGGCAGGCAGUGGGAAUCCCAAAUAUGAGAGGUGAUAGUGAUUGCCAGUGGGAGAGAAAAGGGAUUUCAAGAUUCUCCAGAUGUUCCAUUGUGUGGUUUGCCAAUAGGAAUUUUGGAUUGAUUUUUUUUUUUUCUUGUUUUUUGUGUUUUUUUAAUUAUUAUUUGGUUGUUUAACUUGCCUGAACAUUUUUGACAAGAAUCAUAGCUUGACAUGAAGUGCAUACGCCACUUGUACCCCCCUUCCAAAUACUAAGGAUGAAGCUACUGUGUAGGUUGUCACUGAAAUGGUCUUAAAAGGGCCAACGUUUAGGGCUGCUCUCAAAAUCCAAAACUCUGUAACAGUGCUCACACACACACACACACACACACACACACACACACACACACACACACACACACACACACACACACGCAUACAUUUACCUAUACGCAAGAAGAAUAAGAUUAUAGGCAGUACUCGGGUGUUGUGUACAAGGAUCAUAAGGUUGAAUUAGUACAAUAUUAGUUAUUAUUGCUGUUAUAAUUGAUACAUAAAUUGCACUGCUUGAAUCUUGUUAACUUUGAAGUUUGGAAUUGGGUAGUUUGGAUAUGAUAUAUUUAAGAAACUUGAAAAACUUGAACCUAUUUUUGUUGUUUUAUAUAUUUGUAGGUUUAUUAUAUGCAUUGGCUGCUAUGGGGGAAAGUGUCUCUAAUGCUUUUAUUUUUUCUUUUGUUUUCCACUUUUGUUUUAUGAUUGAAUAAUUCCUCUUUGAGCUGAUGUGCAGGUUCUUAUGUCCUGGUGUGAGACAUAGUCGCUGCAUUAGUUCUGUAAGAACCUGGUUGGAGAGCUCUUCUGUUUUAUCCUAACCAACACUGGAAUCUACAAUAAAUCUUGAAAUACUUAUUUAAAUGGAAAAUGUCACAAAAACCUACAAAAAAAGAAAUGUUACAAUGAAGAAUGUGAUCGGGGGGUUAUCGACAUAACCUUAUGUGUAUGUUAAUGCGUGUAUGUGGCUGAGUGCAUGCGCGUGUGUUCAUUUUAGUUUGUGUUCUUCAAAAUCCUCAGACUUUCUUUAUUUUUAUCAGGUCAUUACAAAUUUUUUUACCACCAUGACUGAGACAAAAGGAUUCAGCAGUCCCAUGAACAUCAUAUCUGAGUAAUGUACAGGAGAUCUUUUGUAAAUCUCACUCCCUUUUUAUUGGAGGCUUUUGAAAUUCACUGGAGGAAGUAGAAAAUCAAGUUCUCACCUGACUCCUUUAUAACUGUAGUACUGUAGGCCCUUCCUCCGUCAGGGGUUAUCAUAAUGGCAGAGAGAGGCAGACACACAUGUAAAAUCCUACUCUUCUUCUACCCUCAAUCUUGCAAAGGAGAACAAAAUGAAAACAAUCAUGCCCUACCCUCUGGUGUCAGACGAAAUGAGACGAUGCCCACUUGCUCCUCCCUGUCCAUUUCAGCCCCAUGGUAGGGAUGCAUUUAGCCUGGGCCAGUCUUAACUUGAUGAUUCAGAGCAGUGAAAUAUUUAUAAUGACUGUGAGAUUCCCUUGAAUGUACUGCACUUAAAUUACUGCGAUGUUUCAUUGCCUUGUGGGACUCAAGUGAAAGAGAAAAAUUGGAUCAGUGCAGCAGUCCUCUGGUCUUAAAUUAGCAUUUCUUUUGUCAGUCAAAUUUCUAUGGUAAAUUGAAUUUAUUAACUGGAGAGAGAGAGAGAGAGAGCGAGAGAGACGCCGCUUUGUUGUUGGGAAACACUGGCAUCAGUCUAGAUUUAUGAAGUGCAAUUAUUAUGACUGUAUUAACAUUUUUUCUCUGAGCUUACACCAAAAAAAUGUAAACUACAGUUGUCAAUACAUUCCCAAUGUACCACAUCCCUAAUCCCUAUUCUUUUUAUUUUUGUUUUGAGGUGUAAAAUAAAUUUCUUUAAGAAUAUA